CUGUGCAACACCUGGCAGAGGAUGCAGUUUGUUGUCAUGGCGGUAGUACUGUCUCUGGCAGAAAUGGGAUGCUUCAGCUGCUACCUGAGAAACGUUGGCAUCCCAGUGAAGGGAUGCAACCAGACGGUGUGCGUCCAAACAAAAAUGUGCGAAGGGCUGUGCUACAACAAGGACUCUGCCAUUGAAAUCAAUCAUGUGGCGCCUGAGCAUGAGAUCUGCAAUGGGGAGUGGACCUACGCAGAGAAACACGUCGACGGAUGUCCGGAAAGCAUCGUCUACCCUGUGGCCACAAAAUGCAAUUGUACUACAUGCAACAUAGAAGACACAGAAUGUAGCCGCGUUUACUCACCCAUGGAAACAUGCACUUAAAAUCUGUGA